GAAUAUUCAUUUCAAUAACUAACUGGAAGCAAGUCCGAUCGCUGGUUAAGCAUUUAUGGUAGCAUUGUUGUUAUUUAAAGAUAUAUUUAAGUGAUUGUUGUCGUAUAAAGUGAACUGAUUUGUUGGAUUACUUUGGAAUAAUCGCUGUGACGUGACAAUGCCGACGACUCCGGAAAAAUUAUCAAAAUAUGAAAAGAUUGAGCAGUUCGUGAAAGGGUUUAAGCUGUCGUCGCUGACGUACCGGCGCGUUAUGCACCUCCUGCAUGAGGAAAUGAACAACGGCCUGUCCGCCAACUACAACUUAAAGGCCGACAUCAAGAUGUUCCCCACCUUUGUUAGGGCUCUCCCCGACGGUACAGAGAAGGGAAAGUUUUUGGCGUUAGAUUUGGGCGGAACGAAUUUCCGAGUUCUAAUGGUGAUGAUCAAUGAACGGGACGUGGACAUUCAGAGCCAAACCUACCUCAUUCCCCAGCGAAUAAUGCUUGGUACAGGCAUACAGUUGUUCGACCACAUCGCGGACUGUAUAUGUCGGUUCAUCCGGGAUCACGACCUGAAGAACGAGACACUCCCCCUGGGGUUUACCUUCUCGUUUCCAUGCAAACAAGAGGGCCUGGCAAAGGCACGCCUCUCCAAGUGGACGAAGGGCUUCCGGUGCGAGGGUGUAGUCAACGAGGACAUAUGCGUUCUCCUGCAUGAGGCCAUGAAACGGAAAAAUACGACGUCAGUAGACGUCGAGGUGAUGGCCGUUGUGAACGACGCUGUCGGUACCCUGAUGUCGGCGGCACAUACGGACAGGAACUGUGAAGUUGGGCUUAUUCUCGGUACGGGUUGCAAUGCUUGCUACAUGGAAUCUCUGGAGAACGUGGGCCUCUGGGAGGGAGACUUCGAGGAACCUUCACAGGUGCUGAUAAACACAGAAUGGGGAGCGUUCGGGGACAAUGGGUGCCUGGACUUCAUCCGGACUGAGUAUGAUCGGGAACUGGACACGUACUCAAUAAACCCGGGAAAACAAAUCUACGAGAAGAUGAUAUCCGGCAUGUACAUGGGCGAGAUAGUGCGCCUUGCGUUGGAGCGGCUCUCCAUGGAAGGCCUUCUUUUUGAGAGCGCCGACCGAGACUGUGAGCUCUUCCACAAAGGAAGGUUCUUCACCAAAUAUGUCUCUGAAAUUGAGAGUGAUCACGACGAUUUUUUCCGGAACGUCAAACAAGUUCUGGAGGAGAUUGGCGUCACCAACUAUACAUCGGAGGACUGUAAAAUAGUGAAGUACAUCUGUACUCUCGUGUCUGCGCGCGCAGCUUUCCUCUCUUCAGCUGGUCUGGCGACGAUUAUCAACAAGUUGGAGAAACCGGAAAUAACGAUAGCGGUCGAUGGUUCCCUGUACCGGUUCCAUCCUCGCUUUCACAACCUCAUGGUGCUCAAAAUACAGGAGCUCGUCAAGCCGGGGCUCAAGUUCAAGCUGCAGUUGUCGCACGACGGAAGCGGAAAGGGGGCCGCGCUCGUGGCAGCGGUUGCUAUACGACUACGAGAUAGUAAACAAGGCAGGUGUCCGUCAUGAAUCACGUGACUGGCACCUCGCGACACCGUACAGCAUUUCAGCCUUCACCCGAGCAGCUUGUGAACUUCAUAACACGUGCAUCAAGUGACACGGGCAUUGUCCACAUAUGUUUAAAAGUAGAACAUACAAUUGUUUUCCUUUAAAAGUAAAUUUGGCCAGGAACAUCCUUUCAAUACAUUGUAGAACAAUGGUUUUAACUACUGAUUAGAGGAAUCGUCGUUGCAAAAACUGGCUGGAAUUUCAUCACAUUAUGAAGUGAUGAAAACAUGAAAUCGUGACGCAUCUGCGGGCUGACAUGUUUAAAUAUAUUUUCAUCAAUCUUCAGCAUAAAGUGGCUAUUUUCAGUGAUGAAUAUAUACCAUAUGUAUUUCGUUACUUGUGGAAACGUGAUUUCUGUCUUUUAUUAGCCUUAAAUCGUAAAUCUGGGAAGUAUUUCUAAGUGUAAAGUCAGUGAUACUUCUGAUAAAAUAAACGUAACCAAAAGUAUUGACUCCCUGUAAACUGUAAUCACCAGCUGAAUCUGGAUAUAUUAAAGCACGAACAGCUCAGUUUUAGGUAUUUUUAGAAUAUGUACUCUUAUAUUUUGAUGCCCUGAUUCAAGUGCAUUUCAUGGACAUUCAAUAUCACCCAUACUUAUUUAACCUUUUAGCGAUAGGCCACAAUAUCACGAAAAUACUUAAAUCAAAUCUCAAUAUCAUCUCUUUUUUACUACAUAACAUCAUUAUUCAAAAUCAUUCAUACUUUUACCCUUUUUAUAAGCGCAUUUUCUCAUAUAUUAUGUUGACAUAAAACUUUGGUUUAGAUUCCACAGAAAACAAAAACCUACGUUAAAAAAACCCCACUUGUGUUCAACUCAUUGUUGUUUAUUAACAAGUACAUUUUUUGCUUUAGAUUUUUUUUAAGUAUUGACAAACAGUUAUUAUCAACGCAUUCUAUGAGAAGUAUAUUUUUAAAAAGAGUUAAAACAUAAGACUUUGAAUAAUGCUAUGCUUUUAUGGGGUACAAUGAAUUGAAAUGGUGACUCAGAUUUGAACUUAAAGUAAUUUUGUGAUAUUGUGGCCUGCAUGAAUACUUGUGUAGAACACGUUUGAAUGCUUGGAUCCUUUUUAGGUUUCUUUCAGCGACGUUUUGAGGGCAUUUUGUUUGUAUUUUAUUUUUUGCGUGUUAUGAUAAAUAAUUAUUUCCUGAUAUUUUAUGUUAUUUACCUUUCUUUUUAAGCUUUCUAAUUUUAAUAAAAUAUGAUUUAAUCAUGGUUAGAAAAAAAAGAAUUACGAAUAACUAUACUUUCUAAAGCCAAAAAUUACCUCAAGUUAUCCUCUUUUUUUUUAAAAAAUACUUAGGCUUUCUUUGUUUCAAAACUGUUCAUUGCCUUGUUUGUGUGUAUGUGUUUUUUUUUCUUCUCCUGUGAACCUUCAACCUUUGUUAAGGUUUAUUCAUUCAUCUAAGAUCAGUAACUGGAAGUGAAUGUAACAUCAUAUAACAUUAAUUUUGUAUGGUUUUUCUUCCUCGUCUUGGACAAAGUACAGGAAUAAACUGCAAUGAACAUGCCUUAAUUUUGAUGUUGUAGUUCACAGGAACUUUAAUAAUAAUAAUAAUCAUUAUAAAAUGUAUUAAAUUAUAUAUUAAAAAAAAACCUCUGUAUUAAAAAAACCCUGUAUUUCUCACUAAAAAUGUAGUUUUAUAGUCAUUGCAUUAUUGUUUUAUGUAUAUGUAAGCUUAUUUAUAAUGGAUAGAUUUUAUUACUUGUUCACAAACUGCUUGUUACAUGACGUGACUGUGGUCAUUAUUAGAAAUGUUUUUAUUUGCUCAAGUUAAUUUGCAUUUGAAUUAAUAGUAAUGAAAUUAAGCCUUUUAUGGUGCAUUAAGCUUCCACUGGUACAUUAUUUUAAUGUUUUAUGGCAAGAAAUGAAUUUGCAAUACGAAAGAAAAUCUCAAAUUUAAAAACUGACCUUCAGCCAGUUGUAUAAAAGUUUGAGAAGUUGUCCACAGGUAAUUUUUAGGCUAGUUUUUACAUCUAAAUGAUUCGAUUGGUUAACAGAAAUUAUUGGAUAAAUAUUGACCAAUCAAUAAACUCCUUGGAUAAAUAUUGACCAAUCAAUCAACUCCUUGAUUAAAUAUUGACCAAUCAAUAAACUCCUUGGAUAAAUAUUGACCAAUCAACAAACUCCUUGGCUAACUUUGACCAAUCCAAUUAUUUAACCAGUUCGAUGCAAUGGACUUCAGCAGAUGUUCUUAUGUGUUGUAGAUAUGUUUUAAAAAUGUGGAUGAUUCUAUGUAAUACUUCGGAAUACUCAAUAAUGGAAUUCCUCUGAGAUUUAUUGAUACAAUUAGUAACACCUGCUGUUCAAAUGUUGAUGAAUCUCAAACCAUGUAUCAGAUGUUUGUGUGUAACAAGAACUCAGAUUGCCGAAUGUAUUAAAUGCAUUGAGUAUUGAUGUAUAAACUGUAAGAGUUUUUCAUUAAGUGUGAUUUAUAAUAUAAUAAUGUGACGUCGUCUGCAAAAUCAGUCCUUUUGAGGUGUACAUGUUAACCACAAAAAAUAGUUUACCCAAGACAUAGAAUUUGAAAAACUGAUAUAUAACAAUGUGUAAAGUUAAGUUAAAGAACCUUUUUGUUAAAACAGCUAACUGACUGCCUUAUGGGCACAAAGCCUCAGAAAAUGUGGGUCACUUUUCAGUCGACACAACUAAUUUCCGUGGAAGUCGUCAUAUAUGAGAACACCUUCUGUACAAGCAGGUGUUGUAUCCAUAACCAUUAGCUAGAAAACCAUGAUGUUGUUAUGAAGUUAGUACGGAGUUGUGAUGUUUGUUAUACAAGCCACUGCCUGUAUUGCAGUACAAUAACUGAUAUUGGACAGGUCGUGAAACACCACGUGUAUGUUAUAAACUUGUAUGUGUACUACCACAUACAGCUGUAUGUAGUCAACUUGUACGUAUACCAACACGUACAGCUGUAUGUAGUCAACUUGUACGUAUACCAACACGUACAGCUGUAUGUAGUCAACUUGUACGUAUACCAACACGUACAGCUGUAUGUAGCCAGCAUGUACGUAUACCAACACGUACAGCUGUAUGUAGUCAACUUGUACGUAUACCAACACGUACAGCUGUAUGUAGUCAACUUGUACGUAUACCAACACGUACAGCUGUAUGUAGUCAACUUGUACGUAUACCAACACGUACAGCUGUAAGUAGUCAACUUGUACGUAUACCAACACGUACAGCUGUAUGUAGUCAACUUGUACGUAUACCAACACGUACAGCUGUAUGUAGUCAACUUGUGCGUAUACCAACACGUACAGCUGUAUGUAGUCAACUUGUACGUAUACCAACACGUACAGCUGUAUGUAGUCAACUUGUACGUAUACCAACACGUACAGCUGUAUGUAGUAAACUUGUACGUAUACCAACACAUACAGGUGUAUACGUACAUACAGGUUAGCUGAAGUUGAGUUGAAAGUCGUUUGCAAUAUUUCUCUUAAAACUUGUACUUGUCAACUCCCUGUUAUUGCUGAAUAUGCAAUAUUUCUCUUAAAACUUGUACUUGUCAACUCCCUGUUAUUGCUGAAUAAUUUUCCUCUUUGCCAUACUUGUAAUUUUAUACUUGUACAACAUACAUGUACAUGGAUGUCUUGGCGCACAGAAAGACAUACCAUACCCAUGUACCGUGGUAUUUCGCAACUUUUCUAAUGUUAGAAAUUGCCACAUUGACAAAUAUUAAAGGCUAUUUGUGAAUUUAUUCCAUACGUCAUUGCAAGAUAAUAUCAGGCUAACUAUAUAUACAAAUUAUUGACUGAUAUACUGGGACUUUCACUUCUGACACCCUCUCUGCUGAUAAUAUCAGGCUAACUAUAUAUACAAAUUAUUGACUGAUAUACUGGGACUUUCACUUCUGACACCCUCUCUGCGUAUUUGUUUAGGCUUACAGAUAAUGCCAAUAAAAUGAAACUAUGUUUAUAAUGCCACACUUAUGGAACAUUUGUAAAUGGACAGAUACUGUUGACUUGCUGUUUAUAUAUUAUAUAUAUACCGGAUUUUGCAUUAAAAUAUCAUCAGUAUUGUUACGAUAUAUACUUAUAUUGUCUUAGCCUUGUUAAAAAAUGUUGUUGACUAUUAUACAUUAUAUGUAAAUAUUAGAGUCAUGUUUUAUUUGUACAUAUAUUUUUAUGUAGCACGAGGUAAGAGUUUGAAUUACAUGACUUCAACCAUUAUAAUAUAAUCAUGUUAUAUGUUACUGAGGAAAUAAAAUAAACAUAAAUUGA